GCUACUCUUUUGGAGGGUGACGCCACCGCUUUUUUUAAAUCUUGGUCGUUGUGUAACUUGGUUGAAACAUAUCUUCUGAGGUUGCGGUAUAUUUGAACUUACGUCCGUUCAUUUUUGCACUGCUAGACUGCUUAUAUUUAGAACCUUUUAUUGCUUAUGUAAGCUUCAUAUUCAACCAAAUUUUUGAAUAGUUCUACUUUGUAGAAUUCCUCAUUGAGUAGACUCGCAGCUAGACCUAAGUCCAAAUUGGUCGAUAAAGGGACAUCUCUCUAUUAAACUCUAAUGUUGUUUGUUGAGGCCGUUGACAAUAGCAAAAGUCUUGAUGUGACUUAUUGCCGUUUAAAAGAGACAGGUUCUUGUCGCAUAAAUGUGCACCCAGACACUAUUGAGAUUCAGAAUGCUAAUAAAACUCAUCGAGUGACACUAAAUGGGCUGAAUAUAUCAUGCAUGACAUGCCAAAAUCUUCACCUGGUUGAUAAUGAAACUUUGUCGUGCAGAUUCAAUGCAUCAUGUAGUAAUCCAACGUACGGUAACAUAACGAAACUUACUAAAAUGAAGAGUAACUUCAUCGCAGCUGAUUCCAUUCUUUGCAAAUUUUGCCAGCAGAAAUUAGGAAACACGAAAGAUGUUUCUUGUACCUUUAACUUUCAGAAGUCUGUUACUGUUGAGGAAGAAGGAUUCUGCAUUGAAGAUGGUUACUUCUGUCAUCCAACUGCUAAUAGCCCUGGCAACGUAACUGCUGACUCCGUAAAUACGCAUACUUUUCCAGUUAAUUCAGACUUGGAUUCUCCGUCCAAAUGUAUGUUUACUGGUUUAGAAUUAAUGAUGAAUCGUUCGUUGAUUGAACCACAGUCCAUUGAAUUCAAAAGAAACGACUUCUUUCAUUGUUCCAGUUGUUUAAUGGCUUUGGGAAAAAAAGUUUUAUAUUGCUCUCAAGAGUACUUCGUAUUUUGGGCUAAUUGUUUAAGUUUACAAAUAAAAGAAAUUGACAUUGAUGGCGAUUUUAUUGGUUACAUUGAAAAGCCAUUAAUAGCUGAUGAAAUGGAAUUCUAUGGUCUUCUAAUUGAUAAUUUAAUUAAAAAUAAUCAAUAUCGUGUUAUUUUAUCUGCUAUCACAUGGGAUGGACUUUUAGACUUUAUGUUACUUUGGUUACCUGAUCAGAAAAUAAGAUUAUAUACAACUGCUUUACAAGAUUCUACUUCACCGACAAUCGAUGUCAAUGUGAGUUCAUCAGGAAAAGAUGAACAAAAUCCUGUACAUUCUUUGAAAAUUGAACCAAUUGCUUGUCGUCGUGUAUUUUAUCAACAACUUUUACCAAAUAAUAAUUGUUCAUUGAACACAACACAGUUGGUUGAUUCAUGGCGCAAAGACUUUGGAGUCACAUUAAUCCAUAUUCCAUGGGAAACGUGCAUUGGAUUUUCAGCGUGUCUAAGUCAGUUUUCUUCAAGAGUCGCACCACAUACACGUAAAUUAGAUGAUGGACCAAUAAUGGGAUUCACUUCAGGUGCUGUCCCAUUUGUUCACAUACCUAAUGAUUUCGCGUAGUAACGUCUUCACUUAAAACGCAAUAAUUCUAUUGGAAUGAUAAACUAUCAACGUGAACUUGUGCAAGUGCAACAUUGGAGACUCACACGCUUUCGUAUGGGGGAGUACAUUAAAUAUGCUGAGUGCAUUUUUUUGUACAUCUUGAUUCCAAAAUGUAUUUAUUACCUAUUAAGCUUAUGUUAUGGAACCAUACAUUUUACUUUCUAAGAAUGCUCAUUUUUCUUUGGGAACCAAAUAACCUAACAGCCGCCUAAGGCUUUCGC